AUGGCGACAGCAGCAAGGUCCACGCUCUCGGGCGCUUUCUUCGGUGCCGCAUUAGUCGCAGCCGGCGUCUACUCGCCUUCAGUCAUCCUCGGCCAGAUGCAGCUGAAGAACUUCCACAUGCUGAAGACGUUUCUGGCGGCGAGUGCUACCAGCGCGAUUGCGAUUAUUCUUGCUAACAGAUACCGCGUCUCGGCAUGCAAGCCUCGGACUCCCGCAACGCUCGACCUCUUCGGUCCGCUCGAUGGCAAUAUUCUCGGGGGCCUCCUCCUCGGCUUUGGCAUGGCAUUGACCGGCACCUGUCCAGGAACGUUGAUCCCGCAACUGGUGGCAGGCGUGCGGUCUGGUCCGCUGGUCCUCUUGGGGGGAAUUCUGGGCGGCAUACUGUUUUCGAGAUUCGGCAAGCCGCUGCUGGGAAAGGUCCGGGAUGGGAACUUGGUGGACAGACCGACAGUAUUCCAGCGGUUGAAAGCGAAGCAGGAAAACGCGACGGCAGUCUAUGAGGCAGUGUGUCUGGCAAUCAUUGGAAGCUUGAAUCAUUACUUCCCAGACCGGGGAAGCUUGCUCGUACCAAGUGCUGUCGGGGGAACGUUGAUUGGCCUGAGCCAAGCAACUUGCUUGAUGUUGACUGGGAACACCUUGGGGAUUUCGGGAGCGUAUGAGCAGUUGGGCGAUUUGUUCUGGUGGGUUGAGCAGUCCGUCCUUGGAGGCAGGAGGACGCCAAGACCAUCUAUCAAGGCAACAUCCUUCGCCAUAGGAACUGCACUCGGCAGCUGGGGCCUUCUUAAAUACCUCGGAAUCGCUACCCCGGCUUCGAGCAUGGACAUUGGUCCAAUGCGAGCAGUAUUUGGAGGUAUCCUACUCAUCUUCGGAUCGAGAACAGCAGGCGGCUGUACGAGCGGCCAUGGGAUCAGUGGAAUGUCGCAGCUUUCAAUUGCGAGCAUCGUUACUGUGGCAUCGAUGUUUGGAGGCGGGGUCGCAUUAACUGCGUUGGUAGGAUAG